AUGGCAGACAACGGCUUUGUCUACAAACUAUACCGCUAUGUUCCUUCAAUUCCAGCUGCUGCAAUCAUGGCGGUAGUCUUUGGUCUGCUGGCCAUGGGGUAUCUCUAUCGCAUCGUCAAACACAGGGCAUACUUCUUCGUCCCUUUCAUCAUUGGUCUUCUUUUUGAAACAACAGGUUACAUUGCUCGCAUCUUCUCCCACUUCGAUCCAACCGCCCUGGGUCCAUAUAUCGUCCAGACGAUGUUGAUUCUCGUCGCUCCCCCCUUGUUCGCCGCCUCCAUUUACAUGACUCUCGGACGAGUGAUCCUGAAGCUGGACGCGGAGCCCGCCUCCCUAAUUCGAGUACGCUGGCUGACCAAGAUCUUCGUCGUGGGGGAUGUGAUUUCCUUUCUGUUGCAGUGCGGAGGAGGCGGAUACAUGGCGGCGGGCACACUCGACGCCAUGAAGAACGGCGAACACAUCGUCAUCAUCGGUCUCGCAAUCCAGCUACUCUGGUUCGGCUUCUUCAUCGUCGUCGCAUCGCUGUUCCACUGGCGCGUCGUCCGUCAUCCAAAGUAUACCGUCUCGAAAGACCUCAGAUCCCAGGGCUCUGGGAUCGCCUGGCCGACUCUCAUGUGGGCCCUCUACGCCGCCUGUGUGCUGAUCCUCGUUCGCUCCGUCUUCCGAGUCGUCGAGUUCGUUCAGGGCAAUGCCGGCUUCAUCAUGAGCCAUGAGUAUCUCCUCUACGUCUUCGACGCGGCGUUGAUGGCGCUGACUGGUAUCGUGCUUGGUCUUGUCUUCCCGGGCUCGUUUGUCUCGCGACGGUCGCGAUGGGCCGAGGAUGCAGUUCCUCUUGGUAGUCAGCUAUCUAGGUGA